AGCAGAGAGCAACCUUCAUCAUCGUGCCGAAAUAUGAGCGACGUACUCGGCUAAAGCCAAUACACCUCUCUAUCCCUUCCAUUCUGACAACACGUCAACAAAAUGGGCGGCUUCCUCGGCUUCCUCUACCGCCAACUAACCUUCAAACCCAAACCCCUUCCACCAACCAUCUCCCUAGCGGGCAACACAGGUCUCAUCACCGGCGCAAAUAUCGGGCUCGGCUUCGAAGCCGCCCGCGAACUCGCUUCCCACAAACUAUCACGUCUUAUUCUAGCCGUCAAGGACACCUCGAAGGGUGAAACCGCAAAAACUACCUUUUCAAAGGAGAGCCCCGAUUGUGAUGUCCAAGUAUGGCAGCUAGACUACGACUCCUACGAGAGCAUGGUCGCGUUCGGCGCCAAAGUCGCGACUCUCGAUCGGCUUGAUUAUGUACUUCUCAAUGCAGGUUUGAAGCAGGUGACGUACACGGCGUCGCAUACGGGGCAUGAAACGAAUGUGCAAAUAAAUCACAUCGGGACAUCACUUCUUUCAUUGCUCAUCCUGCCGACUCUACAGAAGACGGCGAAACAAACGGGCAAGCCAUCACGGAUGACGAUAGUGUCCUCGGAAGGGCAUUUCUGGACCCCAUUUAAGGAGCGGAACGCCCCUAACAUCCUUGCGCGGCUGGACGAGAGAGAGACGUUCGGCAGGGUCAUGCAGAGAUAUUAUACGUCGAAGUUACUCAACGUGUUUUGGACGAGAGAGCUGGCGAGCAGGGUUGAUAGGAGCGAAGUCAUCAUCAACACGCCCAAUCCGGGGUGGUGCUAUAGCGGUCUCCACCGCUAUCAGAUGACGAGUUUGUAUAACCUGGUCCUCAAAAUGCUUUCAUGGACCAGCGCACAGGGUGGGCACUGCUUGGUGGAUGCAUUAGUGCUCCAUGAAGAGUCUCACGGUCAGUAUCUAAGCGAACAGAAGGAGACCUCGUAUGCUAUGUCUCUUCGCUAUACUGAUUGCCUUUUGCUGACUAUGUCCUACAUUGCAGACCUUCGAACUUUGUUCUUUCCACGGAAGGCGAAAAGGUUCAGAAGAAACUCUGGAGCGAGACGGUGGAUUUGCUGGAAAAGGAGGUACUUUUGACCACGAUUCUAGGCUUUGCGACUACCACUUGAAGAGUGCAGGAACUCGCCCGAGUCAAGAUAGGUCGACGAUGGGGUUCCCCACGAUCACAGCGAGUGAAGAUGCCAAAUAUAUAUCAGGCAAGCCUUCCAACGCGUCAAAAUACGGAGAUCAACUCCUGAUAUUGUUUAAAGGAUAGCUCUCUGCAUCAUCGUCUAGGUCAUCCACCUCGAAAUCGCGAGCGCUCUGUAUUCUCUCCUCCUCAUCUUUCAACUUCCCAAAACCCCUGCCAUCCGCCGAAUCUGCUGGAUUGGGAUACGGAG